AUGGCUUCAUCUACUCUACCGCUGCAUAUGUACAUUAGGCCGCUGACCCUGGAAGACGCUAAGCAGGUUGCAGAUCUGGAAUCUCAAGGUUUCCCCCCUAACGAGCGCGCUUCGUCGCAGAUCAUUGAUUAUAGAUUGACGGCUUGUCCCGAGCUUUGUUCGGGUCUUUUCAUCAGGGAGUUCGACUCAAACUCGAAGGAGGUCAAGAAAGAGGAACUGGUAGGCCAUAUACUGGGCACCAAGAUUCCAAAGGCGUCGUCCGCGGCAGCUACUUUCAUCACUCUAGAGAGUAUGGGCGAAUCCCAUAGCGAGUCCAGCGACACCAUCGGCAUCCACUCAAUGGUCAUAUCGAAGGAUCACCAGAGAAAAAACCUCGCCACGCUGCUGCUUACCGACUACAUUCAGAAACUGAGCAACCAGGAGAUCGGCAAGAAGAUCGCCAUCAUUGCCCAUGAGCCGUUGGUUCCCUUCUAUGAGAGGGUUGGCUUCAAAGUGGUCGGCGAAAACAAGGACGUCGCUAGCGACGCCCAAUUUGCAAACAUCAAAUGGAUUGACAUGGUCAGAGAACUGGUGAAGGAGGAGUACGAAAACUAG